AUCUGAGCAGAGCGAGCCGAGCGUCACCUCUCACAGCCCGGCACGCAGGAGCACGCACGAGCACGCACACCGCGGCGGAGUAGCAGCCUCUCCAUCGCUGAGACGGAGCCAGAGGCGCGCAGUUUAACCCGAGACACCAAGAAAUAAAGACGUUUCCACUGAGUCGACAUGGCGAGCGAUUCUCCAGCGCGAAGUCUGGACGAAAUCGACCUUUUGGCUCUGAGGGACCCGGCUGGAAUCUUUGAACUGGUGGAGCAAGUGGGCAACGGCACAUAUGGUCAGGUGUAUAAGGGUCGGCAUGUUAAAACAGGUCAGCUGGCUGCCAUUAAGUGCAUGGACGUGACCAGGGAUGAAGAGGAUGAGAUGAAAGCAGAGAUAAACAUGCUGAAGAAAUAUUCACACCAUCGCAACAUCGCCACCUACUAUGGCGCGUUCAUCAAGAAAAACCCACCCGGCGUGGACGACCAGCUGUGGCUGGUGAUGGAGUUCUGUGGAGCCGGUUCUGUAACAGAUCUCAUUAAGAACACGAAGGGGAACACUUUGAAGGAGGACUGGAUCGCCUACAUCAGCAGAGAGAUGCUCAGGGGUCUGGCCCACCUCCACCAGCACAAAGUCAUCCACAGAGACAUCAAGGGCCAGAACGUCCUGCUCACACAGAACGCUGAGGUUAAACUAGUGGACUUUGGCGUUAGUGCCCAGCUGGACCGGACGGUUAGUCGGAGGAACACGUUUAUCGGGACCCCCUACUGGAUGGCCCCGGAAGUGAUCGCCUGUGAUGAAAACCCAGAGGCUACGUACGACUUUAAGAGCGAUCUGUGGUCACUUGGAAUCACAGCCAUCGAGAUGGCAGAAGGGGCCCCACCUCUGUGUGAUAUGCACCCUAUGAGAGCGCUGUUCCUGAUCCCCCGGACUACUGCUCCCAAACUCAGCUCCAAAAAAUGGUCUAAGGAGUUCUACUCAUUCAUUGAGAGCUGUCUGGUGAAGAAUCACACACAGAGGCCGAGCACGGAGGAAUUGCUGAUGCACCCCUUCAUCCACAGCCUGCAGAACGAGCGGCUAACCCGCAUCCAGCUGAAAGAUCACAUCGACCGCACCAGGAAGAAGAAAGAAGAGCGAGUUGAGAAUGAGUACGAGUACAGCGGGAGUGAAGAUGAGGAAGAGGAGCAUGAUGUUGGAGAACCAAGCUCCAUCAUCAAUGUCUGUGGUGAGUCGACUCUGAGGCAGGACUUCCUGCGGCUGCAGAUAGCCAAUAAGGAGCGCUCUGAGGCCCUGAUGAGACAACACCAGGAGCGUCAGAAUGAUGAGCACAAGCGCCAACUACUGGCAGAAAGGCAGAAGCGUAUCGAGGAGCAGAAGGAGCAGAGACGCAGACUAGCGGAGCAGCAGAGAUGUGAGCUGGGGCAGCAGCAGCACAGACAGCACUAUGAGGACAAUAGGCGACAGGGCAAGAGAGGGCAGGAGUAUAUUCGUCUGCAGCUGGAGGAGGAGCAGAGACAGUUAGAGAUUCUGCAGCAGCAGCUCCUACAAGAGCAGGCUCUACUGCUGGAGUAUAAGAGGAAGCAGUUGGAGGAGCAGCAGCAGGCGGAGAGAUUGCAGCGGCAACUCGAGCAUGAACGAGCCUACCUCGCCUCCCUACAACAACAACAACAACAACAGCAACAACAGCAGCAGCAUCAGGAGUCCAGGCCGGUGCAGAUACGGCAGAUGUACUAUUACAAAGACCAAGUAAACCCCAGUGAAAAACCUGCCUGGGCCAAAGAGAGAGUCAUCCGCAACUCCCCUCAUCUGAUCCAGAGACAAGUGCACCACCACAUCAAGAUGAAGCCUUUCUCCCCCUCCUCCUCCUCCCAAAACCCCCGCCACACCCCCUCAAACCCCAUAAACAUGCCGUCCUCCAGGGCCGCGAGGCAGCCUCAGCAGCACCGCGGCCGCCAGCGGCCGCUUCCCCAGAUCCAGAUCUCAGAGAGCAAAGACAGCAAAGCCCUGGAACGCAAGAACAACCAGCAGAUACGAAACAUCCAGGCUAUGGAGAAAUCCCGCGGCCGCAGCCCUGGGCCCCCACCCCAUAAACUGGUGGAGGAGCGAUCCAAACUGAACCGUCAGAGUUCUCCGGCCCUGCAGCGGAUUUCUGACCCAAAUCCGCCACCCCGCUCCGAGUCCUUCAGCAGUGGAGGAAUACAGGCUGCACGGACACCUGUGCACAGACCUGUGGAACCACAGAUUGCCCACCUGGUUCCCGUGAAGUCCCAUGGUUCCUCUCUGUCCGGUUCUCCGUCACUGCAUGACCAGUCUAAAGGUGUUUCAGCCUUCCAGGAGGGUCUGUUAGCCCACCGGCCCGAAAUACCUCACCAGAACUCUGACCCCACGUCGGAAAUGCCUGCUGUGCCCGCUGUGCCCAGUGUGGCAUCUCGAGGCCGUGAGCAGAGGUUUGAACGCAGCUCCCCCUGGCUGAUGGAGGACGACAGGCCACACAAGUUGAGCGGCGUGACCGCAGCGCCUCCCCGGCCUGCCUCUGUGUCCCCAGCGAUGGUGAGGAAGAACUCCCCGGGGAACGGAUCGGCGGAAGGUGAACUCAGUCUCCGAACCGGAUCUCAGCUCACACGCAGCAGUAAUCCUGACCUGUGCAGGAUGGAGCUGUCUCUGGACGUUGGUCUACAGAGGAUGGGCAGUAACAGCUCCUCCAGUUCCAGCACACCCAGCUCACACAGCGACACACAGCCUGGAUCCAGCGAUGGGAGACAAGCUCAGGGUCCUGCUAAGACAGACGGUUCUCCAGUGGCGUCUCAGGAGGCUCUCAAACCUCGCCAGGAGGAGAACCGAGAUGCGAGGAUCAGCCGCCCAGCGGAUCUAACCGCUUUAGCUAAAGAGCUGCGAGAGCUGCGAGUGGACGAGUGUAAUAGGCCGCCCGUUAAAGUGACUGAUUAUUCAUCCUCCAGCGAGGAGUCGGAGAGCAGCGAGGAGGAGGAUGGAGAAAACAUUGCACACGACGGCACCGUGCCGGUCAGCGACAUCCCCAGGAUCAUACCAUCAGCACAGACCAGUGAGUGUUACAGCAGCAGCCGAGAGGAUUCCUACAGCGGUUCUAAAGACGGAACGCUACUAAUGAGGGAGGCCAGUGAGAGUAAUGGGUUUGUAGGUAAUGGUAAUUUGCCGGAUUUGGUUCAGCAGAGCCAGUCUCCCUCCGGCACUCCGACUGAGUCUCAGCUGGACCUGCAGGAGUACACUCUGGGCAGCGGACCUAAAGCCUCCUUCAUUCCCUUCAUGGAUCCUCACGUGUAUCUGACGUCCCCCACCGACAGCAGUGAUGAAACAUCAGCCGCAGCUCUGUUUGCUAAUGAGCUCCUGCGUCAGGAGCAGGCCAAACUCAGCGAAGCCCGAAAGAUCUCGGUGGUGAAUGUAAACCCAACUAACAUCCGACCCCACAGCGAAACGCCGGAGAUCCGCAAGUACAAGAAGCGCUUCAACUCUGAAAUCCUCUGUGCUGCACUGUGGGGGGUGAAUCUGUUGGUGGGAACAGAAAACGGUCUGAUGCUGCUGGAUCGGAGUGGACAGGGCAAAGUCUACAACCUCAUCACCCGCCGCCGCUUCCUGCAGAUGGACGUGCUGGAGGGCCUCAAUGUUCUUGUCACCAUCUCAGGUAAGAAGAAUAAGCUGAGGGUGUAUUAUCUGUCCUGGCUGAGGAACAGGAUACUACACAACGACCCUGAGGUGGAGAAGAAGCAGGGCUGGAUCACGGUGGGGGAGCUGGAGGGCUGCGUGCAUUACAAAGUCGUGAAGUACGAGCGGAUUAAGUUCCUGGUGAUUGCGCUGAAGAACUCGGUGGAGAUUUACGCUUGGGCCCCCAAACCCUACCACAAAUUUAUGGCCUUCAAGUCGUUCACAGAGCUUCAGCACAGACCUCAGCUGGUGGAUCUGACUGUGGAGGAAGGCCAGAGGUUGAAGGUCAUCUAUGGCUCCAGCGCUGGUUUUCAUGUGAUUGACGUGGACUCUGGAAGCCCAUACGACAUCUACAUCCCCUCACAUAUCCAGUCCCCUGUGAGUCCUCAUGCGAUUGUGGUUCUUCCUAAGACGGACGGUAUGGAGAUGCUGCUGUGUUAUGAGGACGAGGGCGUGUACGCGAACACGUACGGCCGGAUCACUAAGGACGUGGUGCUGCAGUGGGGGGAGAUGCCUACGUCUGUCGCCUACAUCCACUCUAACCAGAUCAUGGGCUGGGGGGAGAAGGCCAUAGAGAUCCGCUCGGUGGAGACGGGCCAGCUGGACGGGGUCUUCAUGCACAAACGAGCUCAGAGACUGAAGUUCCUCUGCGAGAGAAACGACAAGGUGUUCUUCGCCUCCGUGCGCUCCGGUGGGAGCAGUCAGGUCUUCUUCAUGACGCUCAACAGGAGCUCCAUGAUGAACUGGUGAAGCUGCAGACAGCCACCGAACGCCGGAGCCUCUUGUCCAAUCAGCGGCCGCGUCUCUGACCUCGCGGCACAUUCCAAAGUAGCUCUGAAAAGAAGUGACUGUGAGCUGGAUGUGUCCCGGAGCUCCGAGUCCAGGCUUGAGACCAGCCCAGCGGCUCAGCUGAGCCGCAGUGACGCUUGGCCUCCACACGGGGGCGCACUCCAGACUAACAGAGGGUUCUAGACUCUUUUGUGGCCUCUCGUGAAGCCAAAGCGGCAUUUCUCUCACCACGUGCUGCAUUCGGUCCAUCUUAACAGCAUUCCCAUCACUUCUAACGAGCUCUACGUUCUUUUAUACGUUAAUGAUUGAAGCCAUUUCGUCCAUGAUUGUAAAACAUUGGGCAAAAAAUGUUUAACCUCUCAACCUGCAAGGUCUUUUAAGUUCAAAACUCACAUAGUUUCAGAGUCGUUAUCAUGUGUGAUGUUAAAAAAAAUAUAUGUGCUGUUUUAAUUGAAAUAUAUGCCGGAUAUAUCGUCA